AUGCUCUACGCAGGGUAUUACAACCUCACUCAGGCCGAGAAGAACAGCUCGGCUAUGACACCCCGUCGAGUCUCCGAAGAAUCCACCUCCAGCAAGUCCUCCAAGACAUCGCAAAAGAUCAAGUCGUCCAUCAAGAACGCCCUUGAUCAGCUUCGACCAACCACCGAGACGUUGACGCCUGCGGGCAUCUACUCGCCCGUCAUCAAGCAAGGCGCGCUCUUCGGCCGCAAGCAUAGCACGGCUAAGGUUAUAGUCGAGACGCCAAAAGCAGAGCCGCUAAGAUCAUAG